AUGACUCUUAAAGCAAUCAUUAUUGUUGCUAGUGCGCUGGCCGCUCGCACCGCUGCUCAUGGUAUUUUGAGCGAGUUCUAUACCGACGGUAACCGGAACGCCGGGUUCCAAACGGAAUACAUCUACCGCAUGCAAAACGGAAACCCUGUACCUGACCUUGCUGCUUGGUCUACCGAAAGCUUGGACAGGGGCUACAUCGAACCCAACAACCUGCGGACCCUUGACAUCAAUUGCCAUGUGAAUGCCGAACCUGGUGUUUUAACGGCUCAAGUUGCUGCGGGAGGCAAGGUUGAUUUCUUCUGGCCUGACUGGCCCCAUAACAUCGGCCCAGUCCUUACCUAUAUCGCCGCCUGCACUGGUGACUGUGCUUCUGCUGACAAGUCCACUCUUAAGUGGGUAAAGAUCGAUGAAUCUGGCUAUGAUGGUAAAUGGGCAGGUCAGAAACUGAUAGACAAUAACUUCACCUGGACGACUACUGUCCCUGAAAACAUCGCUGCAGGGAACUAUGUCUUCCGGAACGAGAUUAUCAAUCUUCAUAGCGGUGCCGAAUCCAAUGGUGCGCAGCUUUAUCCGCAGUGCGUGAAUAUUGAAAUUACCGGUUCUGGGUCCGAAACUCCUGAGGGUGUUCUUGGCAUCAACCUGUAUAAGGCUGAUGACCCAGGCAUCUUGUUCGACCCUUAUGCCGAGACAAUCGACUACCCUCUUCCAGGGCCUUCGCUCUACGGCUCUACUGGUUCUACCGUCUCUCCAGUUCCCAUUGUCUCUGGUACGCCUAGCCAUACCACUAUGGCACCCACCAGUACACCUGGGGUCGACUUAUCGGGGCGUCCCAGCGCAAGCUCCACUGCCCGCAGGACCCGUACCAGGUCUAGCUCUGGCUUGCGUACUCGCACUUCAGGCUCUUGCCCUACUCAUGUAUAG